AUGUCAGUGCUACCAACCGAGUUGAUCAUCUGCAUUCUAUCGCAGAUCAAAUGCCCGAGACAGGGUCUGAAGCAGUUGGACGUCAUUGCAGGUUUGUGGAGUUCUCGAGUCUGGCGAUCAGAAUUCUGUAGAGGCCUGAUAGAUUUCGAGACUUGGAAGCAAAGAUACAUCCUCCGACACCUCGACGAAGUGGACCUGACAAGGCGAGCCAAUGCCAUCGUCGAGGUCUCCAUGAAGCAACUUGCGCUGUUUCAAAAUGCCAUCAGGCAACAGCAGAUGGAGCAGGAGGUCAAGCUGGUUGCGAGGCUGGAGGCUCGCAGGUCCCAGCGCCUGCAAAGGAGGGGAAUGGAAAGCUGA